AUGUUUUCAACCCUUCAGGAGUAUCACCAAGCCAUCGCAUCAGCCAUUGGGAUGGUUAUUCUAUCCAUUAUCCUGCAAGACUUGGUCAGGCUUGGAGCCAUCCUUCUCGGUGGUGUUAUAUGUAUCUGCAAUAUCAUGCAUGCCACCUGCCCACAGAACCGCAUGAAAAAGCUGCAACAUCAACUUCAAUCCUUGGAGGUAAAGCUCCAGGAUGCCAUCAAUAGUGGGAUCAUGUGUCGGUCGGAUACAAAUUUCACUGCCCAGAUCGCGAGAAACAUGGGAAGAAUUCGCUACAGGACUUUCGAACUCCAUGAAAGGACGCUCUUGACAUCUGGGGGAAUUCUGCAGGAGAUCAAGGCAUUCUGGGAGGGUCACUCACAUGAUAUCAAUGAGUGCAUUCGAGAUGUCGAAGCCUUAGAAAGGGAACUCGAGACCACAUCUGAAAUUUCACUUUGUGCCUUUGUCUGCUGUGGCUAUGUAAACCAUGACGCCGAUUCGUGCACGCUGCCCAUUGCUCCAAGUUCUAGCACCGUUUCGGUAGUUGCUCCAAACACUCCAAUCCUGCCCUGCACAUCAUAA